UUAAACGAAGAAAUGAAAAUUGGCAGCGGAGUGGUGAAAGGGCGUCCACGCGCCAGCGCUUUGCCCCCUUUCCUUUUCAGCUCUCUAACUGCUUGCUCCUUUUCAUCUACGUUUUCGGUCAUUGAAAUUGCAGAUCAUAUAAGUUUCGUAAAGGAUGUGGGUGCAGCGGAACCUCCUCAACAUUUGUCUCAUUUGUUAAAAUUGCUCAAGAUAAGAGGUGAAUCCAUUAUAUCUCCUGGAGCCAAGCAAGGGUUAAUUCCUCUUGCAAUUCCACUGGCUAAGAGUAGCUCAGGUACUGUUACUGCAUUGCUGAGAUGGCCAACAGCUCUGCCUGGGAUGGAAUUGCCAGUGGUGGAGGUCCAUAAACAUGGAGUUUGGCUACUAGCCAAGAAUGUAGACCAACUCAUUCACAGAAUCCUGGUUGAAGAAGAUGCCAAGAAAUCCCUAGAGGACAGUGACAAGCUAUUUGAUGCUGCUACUGAAGCUGGGGAGAAGCUUUACAAAAAGGGUGACUUGGCUAAGUCUCAGAUAUCCGAUACGGACGUCUAUCUUUUGAGAAAGGUUGGCUUGUUUCCAGAUGUAAUAGAGCGAAAGGUUAUGCAGCAUUUCGCAAAGGGAGACCACGUCUCAGCUCUCGUGACGGGGGAAUUCUAUACAAAGAAAGAUCAUUUUCCAGGAUUUGCACGGCCUUUUGUUUUCAAUGCACAGGUUUUGUUAAAGGUUGGACGUAAUCUAGAAGCUAAAGAUGCCGCCAGGGGGGCUUUAAAAUUACCAUGGUGGACUCUGGGUUGCAAGUACCAAGAAGUUGCUCAAAUAGCACAAUGGGAGGAUGAGCAAAUUGAGUAUAUCAAAGAAAAAGUAACAGAAGAGGGAAAACAGGAAGAUUUAAACAAGGGGAAGCCAGCUGCUCAGAUUGCUUUGGAUGAAGCUGCAUUUCUAUUGGAUUUAGCUUCCGUAGAUGGCAAUUGGGAUGACUUUGUGGAACGCAUUGCCGAGUGCUACAGGGAGGCCGGACUCUUUGAUAUUUCAACAUUUGUGUCUUACAGAGAUUGAGUAUUGUGAACUUGUACGAGAUUGAUAGCAAUCUAGAUUUCAUAUGUACCAUUGAAAUUUUAGAAAUUCAAAUUUUAUUUGUAACUUUUGGGUUCUG